CAGACCAAGCACGGUGGAUAUUCCGUUUCCGGUGGCCGGACAUAAUAAAUGGUAACACCGUCGUGAGACCCGAAGGAAGUUUUUCCUUUUCCCCCUGCUCAGUCGAGAAACGACGGGAAGUACAAUGUAUGGUUUGGUUCUCAAACUUGUGGAGGAAAAGCUAACCAUCUGACAGCCAAUGAGGACUGUUGCGGUCCUGGGAGGGGGCAUCGGGGGAUUGGCAGCAUCUUACUAUCUUUGCAAAAGCACCCAGGUUGCUAAGGUAAUUUUACUGGAGUCCAGCAAUCGUUUUGGAGGUUGGCUGUGGUCCACCAGGAGGUCUGAUGGAGGGGUAUUUGAACAUGGACCCAGAGGGAUUCGACCUGCUGGGGCAGUGGGGCGAAAUACCCUUAAUAUGGUGGAGGACCUUGGUCUUUCAGGAGAGAUACUGCCCGUCACCUACAGUCAUGAUGCAUCUAAGAACAGAUAUUUGUAUGUCAACAAACAACUUCAUAGGAUGCCUUCUGGAAUAAGUGGUCUUCUCCGAACAGUGCCUCCUUUCUCACGCCCUCUGUUAUUCAGCAUCGCCACUGAGAUAUUUGUCAAGAAAAGCAAAGAGGAGGACGAAUCCAUCCAUUCGUUUGUGUCUCGAAGGCUUGGAAAAGAGCUUGCCGACAUUGCCGUGGACAGUCUGUGUCGGGGGGUGUUUGCAGGAGAUUGCCGCAAGUUGAGUGUGCGGUCCUGUUUUCCCGUUCUCUACAAUGCAGAGCAGCGCAGAGGUUCCCUGACACUCGGCAUGCUGCUUGGCUCUGGCCCUUCCCAACUAGUUCCUCCUGGUCCCCUGAGCCAAAGAUCUGUCAAAGAGUCGUGGGCCCAGUGGUCCCUCAGAAGGGGGUUGGAGGAACUCCCAGAGUCCAUCACUGACUUUCUUCAAAGGAGCAGGAGGGUGCAGCUACACAGAGAGACGCCUGUAAAAUGCAUCAGUUAUUCAGCUUCAGGUUGGACGAUCCAUUUGGAGGAUGGGACCAUAACGGCUGACCACAUCAUCUCUGCUUUGCCCGCUAAAGUACUCUCAUCUGUCCUGCCGUCCUCCUGUCAGCCGCUCAUCCAGAAGCUGCAGGACAUCUCCUGCGUCACUGUCGCUGUUGUAAAUCUGCAGUAUGAGGGCUCUGUACUUCCUGUGACAGGAUUUGGACACUUGGUUCCAUCAUCAGAGGAUCACGGUUUACUGGGUGUGGUCUACGACUCUGUCCCCUUCCCUCAACACAACAGAUCUGAAGGACUCACAACGAGACUGACGGUGAUGAUGGGAGGCGCCUGGUUCCAAGAAGUCUUUGGCUCCCCAGAUGCAGUAAGAGAGGAGCAUCUUUUAGAGCGAGCCACCGAGGCGGUGCGCCUUCACCUGGGAGUCACCUCGGCGCCCAGCUGGAGUUGGGUGUCUCUGCAGAAGGAUUGUAUACCUCAGUAUUAUGAGGGGCACUUCCGUAGAGUUGAGAACAUGCGCAGCUUCAUAAAGAACAACAGCCUUCCACUUUCACUGACUGGCUCUUCCUAUGAUGGCGUGGCUGUCAAUGAUGUCAUCUAUAGUGCAAGGACAGCUGUAGAAGAAUUAUUAGGAAAUGGAAUUUAAUGGUGAGGCAAUAACUUGACCUCGUAAUAUUUCUAACUGUACAACAGUGUUGGGAAGGGGAGUAUUUUGUCAUAUCUGGAGAUUAUAUACAAAUUAAUUGACAAUGCAUCUAUGAAGACCUCUCCAUCUUGGAUGCAGGUGAACACGCGCUUUGGGAGUGAGUAGUGGCUCAUUUGCAUAAUAAAGCUGCUUUCAAACAGUGAAAAGUGUGCCGCAAUUCCUGAGCCUUGCUGUACAUUCAUCAAAGCGUGUCACAGAUGUGAUUCAGAUUCCGAAAACUUUAUUUAUCUCCGUGGGGCUAUUAGAAGAAACACAUGGGAGCUCCUGUGAUGGUGUGCAAAAAUUACAUGUCUCCUUUUUGAGCAUCUUAAAGCUUGCAACUUUCUCAAGAAAAUUAGUUAAGUGAAGCAAAGUCCACUUCUGAAGAGAAGUGGACGAAUACUGCAUUUUCUGACAUGAGCUUUGAAUAAAGUUAUGAAUGUAUAACUUGGAUUAGAUUGUGUGCUGAGCAAAAAAGUGAGAGCGCUAGAGAAUUCAGGACAAAAGGAACACAGCCAUCAUAAAGAUUUGACUUUAUUUAAAAAGAGAAGUGGGGGUGGGAAAUGCAUCAUAGUCCAUUUGCGGCAAGUUUUAGUGGUGUAUGCAAAGCUAUUUAUCUCAGGCCCAGCUUCUUCUUCUCUCUCUGCUUUUUUCGUACGACCUCCAUGUUGCGGUCCUUCCACAUGCUUUUCCUCAGUUUGAUGGGACGGCUGCCAACAUACUUCCCUGCAGUGAGAGGAAGACGCAUAUCAAUUGAACACGCAAGAUGGAGUCCCAAAUUUGGGUUUUAUGUAAGGCUGUCCCAAUCACAUAUUUCUGCACUCAAGUCAUUUGCUAUGAAGUAUUUGCCAGUACAGAGUCCCUAUCCAAUACCUCUUCAAUGCAAUGAAGACAAAGAAGACCACAUCCAAAUUGUUCAUUUCCUUGUGUAGUUGAAUGUGUGUCAUACUUAAUGCUCAUGUUUGUCACAGUUUUUUUUUUCCAAACAAACCCUGAAUAUCAUCUGUCAAUCAUGUGAUCCGCUUCAAUUUCCGAUCAUGUAGACUGGAUCAAGACAAACCUAGUUUUAAGUGUUAUAAAACAAAUGUGCCAGUAAAGUUGACAAAUACACUCACCGUUCAUUUCCCUCA